AUGGACAAGAAAGUGGAAGCAUCUUCUUCUAUCAACGAAGCCCAAAUGGAGGAAGCCAACAAGGGAGAGGAGUUCGCGCAGGCCGAGACGUUCCCCAGCGACGAUGUGACUAAGGCGGAGAAGCGACUUCUUCGAAAGAUUGACCUUCGCGUCUUGCCCAUCCCCAUCCUGCUGGUUGGCUUGUCGUCGAUUGACAGAGUCAACAUUUCCUCGGCCAAGGUCGCGGGAAUGGACAAAGAUCUUGACUUGGGCGGUACCCGGUAUAAUGUCGUCGUCCUGGUCUUCUUCACUACCUAUGCGCUCUCGGAGCUGCCUAGCAACGUCCUCCUCCGGCCAAUCGGCGUCGUUCGGUACUUGUCGAUCCUCAUCCUCGCCUGGGGCACCGUCGCUAUGUGCCUUGGCUUUGUGAACAAUUUUGCCCAGCUCACCACCUUGCGAAUCCUUCUGGGUCUUUUCGAAGGCGGUCUCAAUCCUGCAUGCGUCUACCUGAUUUCCUCCUGGUACAAGCGCUACGAAACGCACAAACGCAUCGCCAUCUGGUACACCUGCGCCAGCAUCAUCGCCGGCUUCGCAGGCGUCAUAUCCUACGGCUUCAGCAAGAUGGAAGGGGUCGGGGGCCUCCGCGGCUGGCGCUGGAUCUUCAUCAUGCCGGGGGCCAUCACGAUCGCCUGCGUCCUCCUCGUCUACUUCUUCGUCUCCGAGUUCCCGGAGAAGGCCAAGUGGCUGAGCCCGCGGGAGCUCACACUCGUGCAGGACCGGCUCCGCGAGGACCGCGCCGAGGAGUUCGACGACAAGACCUCCCUCCGGGAGACGCUGGAGCCGCUGCGCGACUGGCGCAUCUGGGCCAUGUCCAUGCUCUACUUCUACCCGGCCGCGGGCUUCUACGCCAUGGCCUUCUUCACACCCAGCAUCCUCAGCGCGUUCGGCUUCUCCGUCGCCCUGAGCCAGAUCCUGCAGACGCCGCCGUACCUGCUCGGCGCCGUCUGCUCCGUCGCGACGGGCUACUACGGCGACCGGACCCACCGGCGGUCGCCGUUCAUGCUCGGGCACGCCGUCCUCGUCAUCGUCGGCUUCCUGCUCAUGGGCUGGGGCCCCAACACGGGCGGCAAGCUGACGGGCGUCUUCCUGUCCAUCGCCGGCGUGCAGAGCAUCAUCCCCACCGUGCUCACCUUCAUGCCCAACAACGUCGCCUCGGUCAAGGCCCGCAAGGUGGGCAUCGCGCUGCAGAUCGUCCUGGGCGCCAUCGGCGGCCUCUGCGGCUCGCUGAUCUUCCGGGCGCAGGACGCGCCCGGGUACAGGCCCGGCAUGUACACCGCGUUCGCCCUCAUGGUGGUCUUCAUGAUCAACGUCGUCGCCCUGACUGAGUACUUCCGGCGGCAGAACAAAAAGGCUGACGAGGAAGGUCUGGUGAUCGACGGCGUGGAGGGGUUCCGAUACACCCUGUAG